CCUUUGAUCCACGCAAGGCACCUGUACGGACGUCGCACGCUACAGUGAGUACUGCCGGAAGCAGCCGAUCUUCCUUUUCUCAUUGGCUCCAAGCAGAGUCUAUCAGUAACAUGCGAGGAUGAGUUGAUCACGAUCAACUUGUGGGAAGAAAGUUGGGUUGUCGAGCCAAUCCUCUUUGCCCAAUGGAAAAAGACUCCGCCGGCUUAUCUCCUCUCGCCAAUGUGCCAAUAAUUCCGGCGGCAGGGUACAUCGGAUCCACUCCGAUAUUCCUCACCAACUGGACACCAGAUGAUUUGGAUCAUUCCGUUCCGCCACUGGCGGAACCUACCCAUUCCAUGACACCGUCUUUCUUGGAUUUGGUUUGGGUUUUCCGAGACUUGCCCCAAAAGAGUCCCCUCCGUCUCCGGCGACGGCGACCCGUCAGGACCACGGCUCCGGCAAGUUCCCAUCCGUCACGGGACGAAUGGGAUGCUCCCACGUGAACGGGCAUGGUGCCUGGCUCACUUGCUCUCCGGUCAAGAUUGUCAUGCCAGCGACAGUUCGGCCCCGCCGAUUCCCCCAGCCUGACGAUUCACUUCGUCCACGUAACCGGCCUCCGGGCCUUUCCUGCUCCGGAUCUUUCUUGCAAGUCCCAUGCAUAUCAACCAGUCGGAGAACACGAGCUCUGCCUCCAGAGAAGAAAUGGAACCACUGGGGAGAGCCAUGGGUAGUGGAUAGUGAAUCGCCUUCAUGUGAUCGGAUGAGAUCUUUCAGCCGGACUGUGAUGGAGAGCCCUCUUCAGCUGAAGGCCAGGCCCGUAUGCUGUCCGCAAGUGGGAACGCAACAUCAGAAGGGGGGCGCUUGCCAUGGAACCUAUGGUGCAAAUCACAGGAGCAAGAAAGAUGGGGUUCCAUGGGACCCCCUAUUAUGCAAGAACAAAUGUGGUAAAACCUUAUCUAUUUCCCCGCUUUCCGCCCCCUCUUUAUCUCAAGCCCAUCAAAUCCGCAGACAUAUUCUUGUUAUGAUAGAAAGAUUAGGACAUUGUAUUUCGCAAAUCAUAUUCUAUCAGAAAGCUGGAAGGACGGUCUGCAGUCUCGACAGAUAUGCCAAAGAGCCAAUGUGCCUCUGUGAGACUUGUUCAGAAGCUACACUAAGAGCUGACCGUCAAGAGAUCAUAUUCCAUCAGACAAACUAGGAGGGACGUACCGCGUACGCAGUGAGAUUGGAUUUGCGUAGAAAAUUCACUCUGUUCGUUGUGCUGGUGCUGGUGGCUAGUGCUGGAGUGGUAUGAGAGAAAAAUACUGUUGGCUGGUAUGCUGCAAUAACUUCUACGUCACAAUCCGCACUAACUGCCUCUUGAGGGCCUGUUGCAUAGUAGCAUCUCUGAUGCUCCAAGUGAAUCUUCCAGUGUGCUAUUGGGGUUUCAGUCAGGACUGUUAACCCUAGUGAAGUAAAAGUGCAGCCUAGUGAUAGUAUGACAGUAAAAGGUCUACUAUUGUCCAUAUUACUCAGGUGACUAUAAUGCCACAGACGAGGGGAUUAAGCAGCUUAAUUGAUAAGGAAACUACAUUUAGUUUCAAUUUUUCCCGAUAACUGAAGAACAGAACUUACAGGUUUAAAUUACAUUAUUAAAUUUCUAAAUAAAGGACAGAAACAGCCAUGGAGAGAUGUGUUUGGAUAGAAAGAUGUGCACAGAUAAGAAUAGACAUACCAGAAUAAUAUAAGAAGAAAUAUAUGUCAAUAUAUCACCUUGUCAUCAUUAUCUAAACAUAAACACUAUUUUAUAAUCUUUGGAGGAUGAAGAAGACUUGAUUCUGAGUUCUAGAUGUCGGCAUGCACUGAAAUAAGCCAUACAGCUGUACCACUAAUUUGCUUCCCAAGCAUCUACCUUAGUAAAAGUCCACUACCAAUGAAGAAAGAAAUUAUUAUGUUGGGGGAAGACAGAACAAGUAUCAAGAAAAUGCCUUGACGCCUUUUAUGGUUGAAGCCUAAUAUUCCCAGCAAACAGCGUUUCAGUCAAAGGAAGUUUUCCACCAUUUGUACUGAGAAGGUGAUAUUCACUACAAGAAUGCUAUGAUGAAUCUUUAAUAUGUAUGCUCCAGUAAAAAGAAGGCCAUGCAUUCCUGCAUUCACUGAAGGUGGAACUGGGCACCUGAGCUGAUGAGGUUAAACAGUCCUCCCCACCACCCCUGUUAUGGUAGAUAAAACCAGGGCAAGAUAAACCAGUUCGCCCUCCCUCGGAGGCUCUAAACUAUUUAGGGUUUAUAUUCUUGCUUGACCUCAACUGUUACAAUGGUGUCUCUUUUAUAGAGACGACUGACUUGACCCCUAAGCAAUAUAUCCUAACCGAAUCAAUCUAACUUGCCAUAACACCCCAGGUCACUAGCUCAUUCCCAAGAAUGUAUGUUCUAGCCUGUACAAAACAAAGAAAUAGAAGAAUACCAAAUACUAAGGGACUUGAUGCUUUGGCAGCCCCAUUCGCAAAAAACUUUUAUUAAUGAAGGGGUGAAAUAAUGUUCAUGCCGCAAACAAAGAAGAUGAUGUGUCAAUCUGAUAGACAAGUCAAAAGGCAACCCACUUUUCACGAGGAACGUAUCAUGUCUAGGGUUCAAGAUAUAGGGAAUAAGUGAGUGUGGUCAUCAGAUUUUAUUCAUCAAUAUGGAAUUGCAAUGGACACUCCUAUUUUUGUAAGAUCAGAUAGUGGACAGGCCUACAUAUUUCCAGUGAUGACGACCAAUAUCAUUAUAUACAUUUUAAAGUUGAGAUUCUAGGGAAUAUGGAGCACAACUCCUGAUAUUAUGAAUGCCUUCAGCACUUCAGGUUGCAAGUAUAAAUAGGGCAUGAACCUGCGCCCAUCAGUUCACCCAAGUUCACAUUUGAGGCCAAGCUAGCUUCUUUGUACCUUAUAGCCCAAAGCCUGUAAGAAAGACUCUAGAGCACAAUCUGUUUUCCACCUUGCAACCUCAAAUUUAUCAUUCCUCACCAACCAUGUCAAGGGACCCACUAGUAGUAGGACAUGUCGUUGGUGACAUUUUGGAUCCAUUUAUCAAAUCAGCCUCACUUAGGGUUAUGUACAACAAUAAGGAACUGACCAAUGGAUCUGAGCUCAAGCCGUCACAAGCAGCAAAUGAACCAAGGGUCGAAAUUGCUGGGCACGACAUGAGGAACCUUUACACUCUGGUGCUGGUGGACCCAGACUCGCCAAGUCCAAGCAACCCAACAAAAAGAGAAUACCUUCAUUGGUUGGUGACAGACAUCCCAGAAUCAACAAAUGCCAGCUAUGGAAAUGAAAUUGUCAGCUAUGAAAACCCAAAGCCAACUGCUGGAAUACAUCGCUUAGUCUUUGUACUUUUUCGCCAAUAUGUCCAGCAAACUGUUUAUGCUCCGGGAUGGAGACCAAAUUUCAACACUAGAGACUUUUCAGCACUUUAUAAUCUUGGACCUCCUGUGGCUGCGGUGUUCUUCAAUUGUCAAAGGGAGAAUGGUUGUGGAGGCAGACGGUACAUUAGAUAAGUACCAGAUAACUGACAGUGGUCUGCAAGAAGGAAUGUUUAUUAAACGUGAAAAGAUGCACAAGCUCAAGCACGCCGCAAAACGAUAGUAAAUGCUGGGCCUUGAAAUGUAGCUUCAAUUGAAAGUUAGUUUGCCAUGUUGCAAUUUAGUUUGCAAUUUCACCAUCUUGGACAACAAUCUGCGUCUUCAGCGAGGGAAACUUGAUGCUGAUGCAUAUAAAAGUUGUUAUUCCAGCUGUGUUCAAAUUUCAAAAGCAUAUACCCUUCAUCAAACUAACAAGUUGGCUGCAGGGUAUAUGAACAAAAUAAAUCUUGCAUCAGGCCCUGUAGCUCCUCACAGAGCAAUCGCAAUAAAGGGUUGCUUGCUUGAGGUUUA